AUGUUUCGAUUACUCUUCGUCAUCACAGUGAUUGCAGUGAUUAACGCAGGUCAGUGUAUUUAAAUACGAAAUAAACAUUUUAAAAACCAUUAAAAUUCACACAGAGCGUAAAGGCAAACGACGAAAAAGUCAUAUUUCUUUCCGAUAUUCGAUAAUAUCGGGAUGUGUAUCGUAUCUGUUACGAUAGUACAUUGUUACCGUUUUAUGCGCUUAAAAUAAAUGAUCAUAAAAUAUUAUCAUAUAAGUAUGAACAAGGUGGGGGACGGAAUUAUCAUUUUUAUUUAAUGUAAAAGUACUAUCAGUCCCCAAGUCUUUGAAGUUCAGUGAGUGAAAAUAACUAAAGGGUUUCACUGUAAUAUUUUUAAUGGCAUUAUCAAAACUCGAAUUACUUUUAUUAAAAAUAAAUUCUUUAAUGCUUCGAUUAUACGUAAUCAGAUACUGUUUUACCCACUUUAUUUUUACUUAGCAGACAUAUAUGUAGGGUAAUAUUUAAGAGGGGGAGGGUGCAGAGCAGAAAUUAGAUUUUCGGAUCUCCGGGGCAAAUCUUUUUUUGAGACCCUUAACAGAAAAAAAAUUGAAAAUACCCAAUAUCUAAGUAGUUAAGGAAAAAAUAAAAAUUUGCCAACUUGUACGUUACUAUCUACCUAAAAUAUGUUUAUUUUAAGUUUAAAAUACUGCUGUUCAUGUAUCACAAAUAUCGAAAUUCAUAUAAAUAUGGCAAUAUUUUAUAAAACUUCCAUAAUUUUAAAAGUAAAAAUAAGUAUAUUAAUCUCAUAACAUUUUAUUUAUUACAAUUUUUAAAUCAAAUCUUUACACUGUAGUGUUACAUUAAUAAUUUCAAAACAAAAAAAGGCCAAAACAUACCUGAUGGGUGCAGCCACUGUUCUAAGUGAAAAAUUGGGAAAGUAAAAUAUAGAGAGGAAAUUAAUUUGUAUAUGCAAGCAACAAUAAACCAUUGCUUACUAAAAACGAUUCUAAGCGGAGUUCAGUUUAUAGUGAUACUUUAGGUCAACAAUAUAUAUGUCAUAUUAUGGUAAAAUAAUUAAAUAGGCAUUAUAUAUUUUCUAUAAUAAUAAAUAAUACUUAUUUAACCGAGUAUUUCGUUUUUCCUACGUUUUUUUUUUCGGUUUUCCACAUUUGAUGCGAAAAUCAAAAAAUGACCUCCUUAAAGUACCCCCAAAAAAAUUUACUUUUAGAAAAGGGUCUACAUCGUUUACAUUAGAGUAAGCUUUCUGGUAAAAAAAAGUGUUCACAUACAAAAAAAAUAUACAUCUUUGUAAAACCAAUACAUUCUUUGCUAAAAAACCUAAUUUAAUUACUAAUUACGCACACAUGACUACAAGAAAAUAAAUACACGUAUGCACGCAUUAAUUCGAUCACUGGACACAGAAUGACUGAACUAGUUGUUCGGUGUUUAUUCAUUUAUUGCUACUUAAUUAAUUAAAUACUUAAAAAGAUUGGAAGCGAGUUUCUGUCUUUGUCUCGCACACGUUAAGAUAUAGUGAUUUAGACGUGUUUUAUUUUCAAUGUACCGAUUGAUCUACUGAAGCGAUAAGAAUAAUCUGAAAGCAGAUUUGAAUUUUUCGAUAAGUCUACUUGAGAUCAACUCUCCCAAUUUUUUGAUUUUUGAUUUUAAUUUCUCAAAACAUUAAAAUAUUCCAUUUUUUUCAACUACUCUUUUAUUAGCAUCGAUUUUUUUAGAAUUUAAUGAGAUAAAUUUAAAAAUUGGGAAAGUCGAUCUUAAGUAGACUUCACGAUAAAUUUAAAUCUGUUUCCAGAAUUAUUAUCGCUUCACUAAAUUAAUCGGUACGUUGGAAUUAAAACAUGUCUAAAUCCCCAUAUCUCACGUAUGUUAGACAAAAACAGAAACUCGUUGCCUUCAAUCCCCUUAAUAUUUAUAAACUGUAUUGAAUUACAUGGCAAAUAAUGACAAAAAUGAAAACAAAAUAAUAUAACGGUCUGCGCUAUUAUAAUAUGGUACGGUGAUACGUAGAACUGUAGAAGUCCAUGAUAAGACUUAUCAAACCUGGGUUUUCUAGGUGGCGAGUACUACCAUCGCACUGUUUGAAAAUAAAUCAUAUAACCACAGGAACAUUUAUACCUAUGUACUAAAAUAUUUUAUGUUCGUUGGAUGCCCCAUGGUCUCAUGCAUUAUGUUGUCUCGUGUAAUUUUGACGUAUUAAUUUGCAGCCAAAAUCAUAAUACAAAUACAAAUCAAUAAUUAUUUUUUAAAGUUGAUAUUUUUUUCUAUAACUUUCCUAUGCCAAGCAUCAAAAAGUUUUGAAUUUUUUAUAUAGUAUUCCGGCAACCGGAUGCUCCCAAAACAUCUGCUGCCCGGGCCAAAUGCCCUUAAAAUCUUCCGUAAAAUAUGGCCCUGAGAGGGUGCAUUUAAAAUGGUUAUAAACGAAUAUGUGUUAGAGAAAAAAAUUUCGAAAAUUAUGUCCCCAUGAUGGGUUUCUUGAAAGUUUGGUUGGUUUAAGUUAGUUUUAGGGAACACUGCUAGCUUUCGGUAAAUAUAGUCACCCUUCGAAGUUUUUCUCAUUUCAAACACUGGGUAGGGAGGGGGUCUGAUGAUAGAUAACAGCAUUCUCGUUUUUUCGUUUUUGGUCUGUAUGUUUUUAGAAAAUUGUAAUUUUACCGUAUGACGGAGUUGAAAAAAAAUAAUACUAAAAUCAGAACUAUAGCAAUGCAUGAUAGCGAUAUAAAUUUAUUUAUACGAACUAGCAAUUAAUUACAUAUUGUGUAUUCAUAUUUGUAUCAUGCCAAUAGGAUUUUUACAUAUACAGCUAGUAUAGAUAUACAUAAUACAUACAUCACGUAGUGCAAUAGAUUAUGCCUAAAAAUGUGUGUAAUUUUUAUAAAACUGUAGGUAUUCGGUAAAAAAGAAAUCCCUAUUGCAAAUUUCAAUUGAAGAAAUUCCCAGAAAAAAAUUCUAAACUUUAGUUACUUAUUGCGGUCUUACUUACUUCGGCACCUAUUGGUGAUGGGUGCGGCAACCUGAUUGCUAAAAUUAUAUCCUGAUACAAUGUUGAAUUAUUUUUUUACAACAUUUAAGGAGUAUCAUGUGGUGAUAACAACUUUGGUUUUUAUAAUGAGAACCUAUAUUGAAAAUUCUAUAGAUAGACGGAGUAUUACUUUAAAUACAUUUUGGAAUCAAAAUGUUUGAUUUCCCCCAAACCCAAUAUUCCACUAUUAAGUUUAAGUAUAGAGAGAAAGUAGUGGAGCAUUAAUAAAACGCCGCGCGCCGUGCCGCCACACAAAUGAUACUCUAAAGUAGGGGUCACCAAUUAAUUUCUACGGAGGUCCAUUUUGAAACUUACUAAACCUUUCGGAGUCCCAAACAGUUCUAAUGAAUUUUACUCUUUUAAUGACUUUCCUCCUAUACCUGAACUUAAAAGUGAAAUAUCUCAAUAACGAAUUAACAGAAAUCAACAAUUUUAGUAUCAAAAUGUAUUUAAAGUAAUACUCCGAUAAUUUAUAGAAUUUUCAAUAUAGGUGAUCAUUUGAAAAACCAAGGUUAGUAUCACCAUGAGAUACUACUUAAAUGUUAUGAAAAAUUGAAGUACUCGAAAAUAUCGGCUUUAAUCAAACUUAAAAAUUCCAAAAAUCAGAAUUUGAAUAUAUGCAAAAUUUAACCAAAAACAUGGGGUGAGCAUGCUUAGUGAAUCACCAAGUAUAUAUUUUAUUUUUGGCCCAAUACCUGGUUAUUAAAAUAUGAACAAAUAGGCUGAAUAUAAAAUUAUAUUGAAAUAUGAAAUAUACCAUAAUUACUGAAUUCUGAGUGGAGCGAAGAAGCUUAUGGUCUUUAUGGUUUUUCAAAAAUGUUUAUUUUUUUUUCUUUGGACAACUUUUCUACCAGAGAUCUUGUUCCAAUAUUUGCGUGUAGCAUCUUUUCUGAAAUAAAAUCGGUGUAGGGAGGUACUAUAAAGAGGUAAUUUUUCGAUUUUCUCGAGAGUUUUUUCAUCAAAUGCGAAAAACCGAAAAAAAAAAACGAAAAAAUGUAUGCAAUAUAUUUGUAUAACGUUACGAUCUUUUUUUAACAUGUCCAAUAUACAAUGAAUUUGAAAUAAUUUUUAUUAAUAAAUAUGAAACGAUUACAAAUUUGUGUUAUCUAAUGAUAUUAUGUUUAUAUCAAUAUACCUACAUGGCGAACAGGCUAAAUAGUUUGUUAUAAAACAAUUAUAACAGGAGGGUUCACUUGUAAUCCCCUGGUUUUUAAAAUUAUUGAAAACAUGGAAUGAUGAAAAUAAAAUUAACUUUAUUUCAAUUAUUUAUAAACUAAUUGGUACAAAAAAAAUUAUUUUUUGAACAAUAAUAUGUCGUCUAGGUUUUUGCGAAAUUUGUUCAAUUAUAUGAUUGAUUGUUGUUGAUAACAACAAUGAACAGUGUACAACUAAAUAAAAACAUACAAAAAAUAAUAAAACAUAUUUUAACAACAUACAAUUAUUUUUCAUUUUUUGUUUGAAAAACUACACUUGUAAUUAAAAGAAUAACGAAAAAGUAAGGUCAAAAUUUGCUAAAGACUCAUGCAUGCAGUGGUGUAGAGGUUCAUUAAGACCAAAAUUGAUUGCAGAGGUAGAAAGUGAAAAAGAAACAGACAGGCCGGAAAAACGGAGAAGAAUUCUAAAGAAAAUCUUAGAGAGUAAGAAGAGCGAAUCAAUUUGCUUGUUCAACAGUUUGGCCAAAAAGCCGAGGUUGCUUGAGCGAUUACGAUUAGCCAAUGUUUUCAACUUAAGGAACUGGAGGACAAAGGCAUAACAAUACGGUAGACACCCAAUCUUAAAAACAUAAUUUAAAUAUUUACGUUGAACACACUCAAACAUACGUGAGUAAUCUACCAUGACAAAGUUGCAAAUUUGUAAUAUGUGCUAUUUGUAUGGUUUUUUUUCAGAUAGGAUAAUGUUCAUACUUAAGUAUUAUAUGAUAUAUAAUAUGAAUAUAAUAUAUACACUGCAAAAUAAAGUUAUUUUUGCAUAUAGUAAACUAUAUGUAAACAAUUAAACAUCAUAUACCUAUAAGUUACCAAUAAUUUAUAAUCCCGUGUAGCUUUUUAAUAUGUAACUACUUUAUUUAUAUACAAGGUGAUUCAUUAUAUGUGUUCACCCAAUUUUAUAUUCCGAGUGUAGCGAGGGGAGCUAUUUAUUUUACAAAUCUUUUUAUUUCAUUUUUUUCUUAUUUUUCUUUGUUCUAGUCUGUGGACACGUUUUUUCCUAAUAAACUUGCUUCGAUCUUUAUCAUCCACAGCUUUUCUAAAAGCUCAAAUUGUCUAGAUUGUACUUUGAACAGGUCAUUUUUUGAUUUUCGAAGCCAUUUUUUAAAUAAAAGCGCUUUAGUAGAAAAAUACGUAAGAAAACGUACAAUUUCACGAUUUCAUUAUUUAACAAAACACAGACGACAUUUUCUACCAGAAAAAAUGAUUUUAUCGAAAAAUCAUAAGAUAGCUUUUUUGUUGCCUUUUUGAUUUACUUUCUUACAGUAUCAUCACCAUAAAGUUUGAGUUACUUUUGAGUUUUUAAGGAAUUUUAAUUUUUGGAGUUUUUUUGAUGUAAUUCAGUUAUAAAUACACAUAGAGACUUGAAACUUGGUAAUCAUACCUUUAUUGGACUUACUUAGACGUAGUAAAUUUUCCGAAAUCAUUGGACGACUUUUUUUUUAUAAGCAUUUUGAAACCAAAUUUAAACAAAAAUCGCAAAAAUAAAUACGACACUUCAAAUUAUGUAUUAUAUUAUUUACUAAAAAAAGAUUUGUUUUUUUUUUAAUUUGCGCCCAUUUAAAUGCACUAUUAAAUUAAACAACAGUAACUAUCAGCCUUCCACCAUGCGGGGGUAAGGUUAAGUUAGGUUAGGGGACUACAUAAAGUGUAACGAGUUCUGACCUCAAACAGUCAUAACUCAUAAUAUAUAAAUCAUACACCGAUGUUUAAUCUGUUCUUUGUAAUCAUAUAUACAACCCAUUUUAAUUUUAACUGAAAAUUAAUUGAUUAGUAUAAAAUGAUUUUGAAAAAAAAAUUGUAGUUAGGUGAACAAUUUUUUUGUGGUUAUUGAUUUUUCUGAAGAAUAUUAUAAUUUUAACUAGCCAGAUGCCAGUAUAGUGUACCUUUAUGUAAUGAUGCUAAAGACAGUCCUUAGUCUAAAGGAAGAGAAGAAUAUUGUUGUUCAAUAUUUGGAAAGCAAUCAUUAUAAUUUGUACUUUUACUCUAUUUUCCCACUUACACACACACACACACACACACACAUACACAAAAUGGGAUGAUAUUCUUUUUACAUAGUAAUUGUAGUUAACUAUAUAAAGUGAAAGUUUCAAGGAAAUAAAAAGCAGUUAAAAUGUAUUUUAAUUCCACCUACUUCCGAUCUUAUCCAAUCGAUUUUUACCACUUGGACAAUGUUAAUCAUCUAUCUUAAUAGGUGGAUUGCCACCCACCUAUUUUUAAACAAAAUAUUCAAUUAUAAAUUUUCAUAAACUACCACUUUUAUAUUCUAUGCAGUGGCGUAACCAGAAUUUUUAAAUGUGUAGGCCAAAGCCAAACAUUUUUUAAAAAUUUACUCAACAAAUUAAAAUAAGUUAUUAGUAGUCAUAGAUAUGUUAAGAAAUAUAAAUUAUUUGGUUAUUAAAUAUGUACACUGUAAUGAUUUUUUAUUAUAUAAUAUUACAUUGGAAAUAGUUUUUUUUUCAAAAGCUAAUUAAAAAAAAGUUACUUUUAAAUAAAUUGAUAAGAUUGAAGAGCACUAAUGCAUUGCAUAUUUUUCAAACGCAUUAAUAAACUAUAUAAGUUAAUACGUAAAUGUGUUGACACGGCCAAUGGGGAGAAGUCAUGGCUCACUAGCUGUCACUGAUUCUAUGCUUAGCGAGAAAUGUAUUCGUUUUACUAUGAUAUGAACGAUUUUUAUUUUUUCUGUAAACAAAAUUUCUACUAGAAAUCUUGUUCCAAUCAAAAAAUGACAAGGAACAUUCUCUUUUGUAUUUUAAAUCUAACUGAUGCAUUGAGGACGUCAUUUUUUGAUUUUCCAAGCAGUUUUUAUAAUAAUUGGAAAAACUAGAAAAAACCAUCUAAGAAAAACAGACAAAUUGUUAACGGCGUUAAUAUUUUAUUAAUUUAAUAUUUUUUUGCGUUAUUUGCGGUAUUCUACCAGAAAUAUUGCAUCGAGAGAAAAUUGUGUUUAUUUGGUGUGUAAGAAAUUCGUUUCUUGAUUCUUCGUGUAGUUUUAUUUAUAAUUGACUAAAAUCGGAAAAGUUUAUGGAAAUAACGAUUUCAUUAUUUUUAAUUUAAUUAUUAAUACUAAGUGAUGUAAUAAUAAUAAUGUAGAUUUACUACAUUAUGCAUGGGAGUUAUUUAUUCGUUUUAUCAAUGAAAAAAUAUUAUAAAUUAUAAAAUUAUUUAACUAUUUUAACUAUAAAUUAAUACAAUAUGUAUUAUAUUGCAGAUCCACAAAAUAUAGCGUUCGCUGAAAAUUUAGAAACGUAUAGUAAAGCGAAUCAUGAUUUUGCAUUAUCGUUGUAUACAGUAAGAAAUAUUCGUUUAAACAUUUAAUAAAGUUGGAAAUGUGUUCUAUCUAAUAAUUAAUAAUUUUUUAAAGAAACUAGCCGAAAUAGAAACUGGAAACAUUAUCUAUUCACCACUUAGUAUUCAUGUGAUUAUGUUUAUGACUAGUAUUGGAGCAGUUUCGAAAACAUUAGACGAAAUUAUAAAAACAAUACAUUUGACAAAUAUUAAGUAUUCAGUGGAAGAUUACAGUGCUAUGUUGAAAAGAAUCACAGUGAGUAUAAAUAAAACACGAGAUAUAAUAUUGAACAUUAAUUCCAUUUUUAAUAAAAUUAAAAUAUGUAUUGUCUUAACUCUUAAAUAUAAAAACUUUAAUAAAUGUGUUAAGUAUAAUUGAAUUAUUCAAUAUUUUUCUAGGAUGGAUAUAAUAAUCUAAAACUAGUAUCUGCCAUAUUUAUUGAUGAAGAUUUUAAUGUGAAAGAUAGUUUUCUAGCAAAAUCAAAUUUAAGUCCUUUUUGGGUUUAUAAAUCAGAUUUUAAGAAUAAACAUGAAUCAUGGCGCCAAACCAUUAAUAUGUGGGUUUCAAACAAAACUGAACAUAAAAUCGAAGAACUAUUUCCUAAAGGUUAUAAAUAUAGUGUAUUUUUUUUUUUAAAUUUUGCAUAAAUAAUUUGUUUGUCUAUCGUUUUACAGAGUUAAUCGAUGCAAAUACUGCUUUAGUAUUGGUUAAUGCUGUACAUUUUAAAAGUCCGUGGGUAUAUAAAUUUUAUGAAAUAAAUAAAGAACCAUUUUACUCGUACUCCAAAAAAAUACAAUCAGUCAAAAUGAUGACUUUAAUGCACGAUUUGCAAUACUAUCACGAUAUGCAUUUGAAAUAUUCUGCUGUUGAAUUACCAUAUAAUGUAAAUAUUGCAUUAUAUUAGUAUUAAUAAUCUAUGGGACAAAUGUACAACUUAUUUUUAUUUUAUUCAGUACUAUAAUUUCAAAAUGAUUAUUUUACUACCCGAUGAUAAAGAUGGGUUAAAAUCCCUCGAGAAAAAUCUUGUAAAUAUCAACCUUAAUAAUAUCUUCAAACAAAUGAAUGAGUAUCACGUCUCUGUAAAAUUACCCAGUUUUAAAAUAGAACAAUCACUAUACCUAGAAGAAGCAUUUAAAAGGGUAAGAAUACUUCAAAAAUGUAUAAUAAAUAGUUGUCAAGUUAAAAAAAAACUUAAAAUAUUGUAGCUUGGAUGUUCAACAAUGUUCACGCCCAGAGCAAACUUCUCUAAAAUUUCUAACAAAGGUGGUUUGUAUGUUAAUAACUUAGUACAUAAGGCAUUUAUUGAAGUCAAUGAAAAUGGAACUUUAGCUGCAGGAGCUACAGGUAAUGAAAUAUAUAAAUAAUAUAAUAUAUACUAUUGACAAUAGUUCAUCCAUCGUUUAAUCUUUUCGAGGUAAAAAUAACUACAUAAUCGAUUGGUUAAUUUACCAGGAUACAAAUUAAAUUGUAUUUAAAUAAUAUAAAAUUAGAAACAUUUAUUCAUUCAACUAAAUAAUCCAAAUAAUACGUUAGCUCCUAUUAAACUUCUAUGAUGUUAUUUUUAAUUUAUAAAUUAUUUUAUUUUCGCUACAUUAUUCAUUAAGUUAAUGAACUUUUAGAAUCUGAAUGGAGCUAGUCAUUUUUUGAUUAACCAAGCAGUUUUCAUAGUAAUUGGGAAAAAUCGGGCAAAACUUAGGAAAAAAGGCAAAGUUUACAAAAAUAAAUCUUUUAAAAUUUUGAAUUAAAUUUUUCGUUGCUAUUCAGUUAAAAACGAUCGUGGAAAUUUGAAAUUUUGACAAAAGAUUUAAAUUCGCCUUUAAUGGACACGGUAAAAUUUUCAAAAAUUUAAGCCAUUUUUGAACUAUUUAUAGGCAAUUUAAUUUUGUGAAUUUUUUACAUAAUUUUUAUUCAGAAGGUACUCUAACAAUAAAAUUGUUAGACCAAACAGAAGUACUUGAAAACUUAACAUGAAGUUCAUUAUAAGUUGUGCUUAGUAGUCGACAAAAAAUGGUUUAAUUUAAUCGUUUUUCGUUAGCAAUGAUUAAUCAUUAAGAUUGAGUUCUUCCAAUUUUCCACCUACAGAUGGAAGGCCCACCCUUCCAUUGGGUAACUGCGAAGUUUGUACGUCUUUAUUUUUUAAGAAGAUUCUAAAAUAAUUCCACAAUAACUGAAAAAAAAAGACAUCCUACAAUAAUAAAGUCGGGUACAGCCACUGUUAUAAGUAAUUUAAUGUAUACCUGUAAGCAACGAUAAACCAUAACGAAAAAAACGAUUUUGAGCGGAAUUCAGUUGUUAGUGAUGCUUUGUCAACAAUAUAUAUGCCAUAUUAUGGUAAAAUAACUAAAGAAGCAAAAUAUAUAUUCUUUAUUAAUGUUUGUUUAGUGUACCGAUCUUCCCAUGUUUUUUUUCUGUGGAAAAAUCUUGAGAAAAUCGAUUAAUGACUUCUCUUAAGUAUCUCUUCAGACAAAUUUCCUUAGAAAAAUUGCGAUCAUAAUAUAUUGGAUCAAAAUUGCUGAUAGAAACUUUGUCCAUAGAAAAUAAUCACUAUUUUACUAAUAUAUAUUUUGUACAUUUUCCCGUUUUUCGCAUUUAGUGAGAAAACUUUUGAAAAAAAUCAAAAAAUGACUUCCUUAAAGUACCUCUUCAUACCGAGUUCUUUUCAGAAAAGGUGUUAUACGUAAAAAUCGGAGCAAGAUCUCUGGUAAAAAAGUUGUCCAUAGAAAAAAAAAUAAACAUCUUUGAAAAACCAUAAGCUUCUUCGCUCCACUCAGAAUCUAAAAACUAAAUAUAUUUACGUUCACAAUAAUUAAUAAUGGUUACCAAUAAAAUUUUACAUAUUAUUAAAUUAUUAAUGUCAUACAUAUUAUGUGAUCUAUCUAUAUGAUAGUAAAAAUAAUAAUUUAUUAUAUUCUGUUAAUUUUUUUUUUUUUUUAGGCGGGUCAGUUUCUUUGCUGAGUCUACCUUUGCCACGGACUAAAGUACAAUUUACUGUCGAUCACCCUUUCUUGUUUUUUAUUGUUUCUGAAUAUAAUGAUAUUAUACUUUUGGGCCGAGUAUUACAAGUAUGA